AAUACUCUGAAGAACAGUGCCACAUCACAAAGUGUCAAAUUUACUUAACAGCAAAUUCCUUUUUGUGGAGUGGAACUGAAUAUAUUAAAAGGAUCUUUUAGCUUCAAUGUGUGUGACAAAGGAGUCUGGAGUUUUCCAUUGUCAAACACAUACCAGAUGACCAUCCUUGUGUUAACCCUGAUCCAGAGCAAAGCUAAGGUAAACUGUCUGUGUGUGCUUAUGUUCCUGAGCUUCCCUCUCACUAUGGCUGAGGUCCCUGGUCCAUGCAGACACUCCAUCACUAGGGAGCACCUACUAACAGUCAGGCAUCUGAUGGACAACCAGUUGAGAAGUGGGUGCUCAAUAACCUACACAUUCACAGAACGAAGAAGUUUGAGCAAAUGUUGCUUUGUAAAAGCUGCUUUACCCUGGAUUCUGGAGCUCCUCACCACUCACUUCAAAUAUCAUCGGGGUUCAGUCAAUGAUGGCUACGUUCAGUCCCUGAGAGCACUCAUCCUCAACAUCUAUUCUCAGAAAUGUGUGCCACAGAUUAACGAAGAGCUUGAAGAUAAGCCAGAAAGUUUUGAGAUGCUCUACAGAGGUUCACCUUCAGAGGCCCUGCAGAAGGCUUUAGAGGUGCUGUCUGUUUACUGGGAGCUGGUGACGACAAGCAGUGCACCAAUAGACUGGAGAUGCCAGCACGAAUACAGUGAAACCUCUGGCUCUACCACAGAGCUAUCUAUAGACUCACCCACACAACAUUUCACAGACAGUUAUAGUAGGAAGCCAGUGACAGCCUUUCAGAGAAGACCUGUCAAAGACCUGUACAAGCUUGGUUUUAUCAUUGCCUCCAUCUUCGGGGGACUGCUGUUCAUAUUUACUCUCUACUGUCUCAUCACACAAAAGAAAACUCACAGUCAUCACAGAUCAUACACAAACACAAGCAGAGAUCUGCAGGAGAUUGAGAUGGAGCCACAGUAGUGCAGUAAAGAGCACAUCACUGCAGCAGCAUAUGGAGAACCUGUGAAGCUGUACCUUUUAUCCAUCAGGAACCAGUUUUCAUAUCAGUAUCAUGUGUAUAAUAUAUCAUGCUCACAUGUUUCAUCAGAAGCUUCACAAUGAGAAAGCAAAGACUGGCCUUAUUUGGAAUAUAAUGCUACAGCAUGUAUAUUAUAUUUAUGUAUUCAAUAUUGCAGAUAUCUUUUCAAGUUUACAUAAAAAAAGUUCUAUUUUUACACUGCAGUAGUUAUGUAUGUUGAAUAAUGUGACUGCAUUUCCUACCAC